GGCAGUGGCGCGCGCGUUCGCCAGAAUCAGCAUGGCCGACAAAGAGCCCGCGCAGCUGCCCACCGACGCUGCUCAGGUGGCUUACAGGAGCGCUGCAGCGAGACUCCCAGCACCUGAUGUUGGCAGUGGUGGGCAGUGCACGCUGCAGAGGGAGGGCUCUGUGCCUCCCACGCCGGGACUGGCGGCUGCUCAGGUGGCCAGCGCCUUUGCGCGGCUGAGGAGCAGCAGCAGCAGCCCCAGAGAGACCGACACCUCUGACAGUGGCCGCAAGUCAGUUGACAGGCCUCGCAUGUCAAAGGCCUACCAGCACAGCCCCAGCCUGCUGAGCAAGCUCGGGGCCUGCAACGGCGGCCUGGCAUGCGGACACUCCCAUGCAGCCGCAGAAGACAUCCUGAUGCCUCAUGUGGCUCCCGCGGAGCAAGACAGCUGGGGAGAGCCGGCUGCUGGGGACAUGCAAGCAGCGCUGGAGAGGAGCAGGAAAGACACUGGCGGGUCGCGGGAUGGGCGCAGCAUAGAUGCUGAUAUCAGCAAGGGCGCCGCAGGCAGUGCUGCUGACGUGAAGCCAGGCAAGGGUGACGGCAAGGGGCCGAGCAGACACUCCUGCAAGGGCAAGGAGCGCGCAUCUGCUAAGACCUGGACAGAGAUGUGUGCCAUAUGCAUGGACUCUGGCCUGGAGAUCAGCAUCGCAGGGUGUGGGCACUCAUUGUGUGGCCGCUGUGCGUACCAGCUGUGUGCGCGAGGCCUGGCUGCGCCGGUUUGCCCCUUCUGCCGGGGCGUCAUCCAACAAUUCGAGCCCAUGAUCGUCUCUUAGGCAAUUUGAAUCCUAACACAACAGAAAGACCUAGCUUUUCCCUGGAACACGAGGCAAUCACCGUUUGUGCCGAAAUCCGUGGCGCCAAAUUUUGUGAUGUUGUUAGGCCCUGUGCGUGUCACAAUGCUGGUCAAGGCCCCCAAGAGACCAAGGAAAUGGCGAUGUAUUUUAUGCGCAUGCGGUUUGCAUGACUUGUCCACGAAUUCAAACAAGACAGUAUUUUUUGAAUGUGUUGUGCUUUACAGCUUGUGAGCCAAUGAUGACAUCUGGCAGAAAUGACUCGAGGAAUUUUGCUUCAUGAAAAACAAUCUGACUCGCCAGCCGUGCUUCUUUUAAGAGCAAUGGCGUGUGAGAUUUUGGAUCAGUUGAUGAUUAACAUUUACAUUCAUGUGAUCACAAGUGUAUCCCUUAUCGCAAAUUACUGUGCGGCUGCCAUGAAUAAAAUUGUGUUGACCAUUUUAGAGACUCCUCAAAUUCUGGGAAAGCACCACCGGUUCUGUAU